AUGUCCUCCGGCCAGCGCUUGCAAGGCGCACAGUCCGCUGGGCAUGAUGGGAUUGAAGGCGAGGGGCAUGAUGGGAUUGAAGGCGAGGGGCAUGAUGGGAUUGAAGGCGAGGGGCAUGAUGGGAUUGAAGGCGAGGGGCAUGAUGGGAUUGAAGGCGAGGGGCAUGAUGGGAUUGAAGGCGAGGGGCAUGAUGGGAUUGAAGGCGAGGGGCAUGAUGGGAUUGAAGGCGAGGGGCAUGAUGGGAUUGACGGCGAGGGGCAUGAUGGGAUUGAAGGCGAGGGGCAUGAUGGGAUUGAAGGCGAGGGGCAUGAUGGGAUUGAAGGCGAGGGGCAUGAUGGGAUUGAAGGCGAGGGGCAUGAUGGGAUUGACGGCGAGGGGCAUGAUGGGAUUGAAGGCGAGGGGCAUGAUGGGAUUGAAGGCGAGGGGCAUGAUGGGAUUGAAGGCGAGGGGCAUGAUGGGAUUGAAGGCGAGGGGCAUGAUGGGAUUGAAGGCGAGGGGCAUGAUGGGAUUGAAGGCGAGGGGCAUGAUGGGAUUGAAGGCGAGGGGCAUGAUGGGAUUGAAGGCGAGGGGCAUGAUGGGAUUGAAGGCGAGGGGCAUGAUGGGAUUGAAGGCGAGGGGCAUGAUGGGAUUGAAGGCGAGGGGCAUGAUGGGAUUGAAGGCGAGGGGCAUGAUGGGAUUGAAGGCGAGGGGCAUGAUGGGAUUGAAGGCGAGGGGCAUGAUGGGAUUGAAGGCGAGGGGCAUGAUGGGAUUGAAGGCGAGGGGCAUGAUGGGAUUGAAGGCGAGGGACAUGAUGGGAUUGAAGGCGAGGGGCAUGAUGGGAUUGAAGGCGAGGGGCAUGAUGGGAUUGAAGGCGAGGGGCAUGAUGGGAUUGAAGGCGAGGGGCAUGAUGGGAUUGAAGGCGAGGGGCAUGAUGGGAUGGAAGGCGAGGGGCAUGAUGGGAUGGAAGGCGAGGGGCAUGAUGGGAUGGAAGGCGAGGGGCAUGAUGGGAUUGAAGGCGAGGGACAUGAUGGGAUUGAAGGCGAGGGGCAUGAUGGGAUUGAAGGCGAGGGGCAUGAUGGGAUUGAAGGCGAGGGGCAUGAUGGGAUUGAAGGCGAGGGGCAUGAUGGGAUUGAAGGCGAGGGGCAUGAUGGGAUUGAAGGCGAGGGGCAUGAUGGGAUUGAAGGCGAGGGGCAUGAUGGGAUUGAAGGCGAGGGGCAUGAUGGGAUUGAAGGCGAGGGGCAUGAUGGGAUUGAAGGCGAGGGGCAUGAUGGGAUUGAAGGCGAGGGGCAUGAUGGGAUUGAAGGCGAGGGGCAUGAUGGGAUUGAAGGCGAGGGGCAUGAUGGGAUUGAAGGCGAGGGGCAUGAUGGGAUUGAAGGCGAGGGGCAUGAUGGGAUUGAAGGCGAGGGGCAUGAUGGGAUUGAAGGCGAGGGGCAUGAUGGGAUUGAAGGCGAGGGGCAUGAUGGGAUUGAAGGCGAGGGGCAUGAUGGGAUUGAAGGCGAGGGGCAUGAUGGGAUUGAAGGCGAGGGGCAUGAUGGGAUUGAAGGCGAGGGGCAUGAUGGGAUUGAAGGCGAGGGGCAUGAUGGGAUUGAAGGCGAGGGGCAUGAUGGGAUUGAAGGCGAGGGGCAUGAUGGGAUGGAAGGCGAGGGGCAUGAUGGGAUGGAAGGCGAGGGGCAUGAUGGGAUGGAAGGCGAGGGGCAUGAUGGGAUUGAAGGCGAGGGGCAUGAUGGGAUUGAAGGCGAGGGGCAUGAUGGGAUUGAAGGCGAGGGGCAUGAUGGGAUUGAAGGCGAGGGGCAUGAUGGGAUUGAAGGCGAGGGGCAUGAUGGGAUUGAAGGCGAGGGGCAUGAUGGGAUUGAAGGCGAGGGGCAUGAUGGGAUUGAAGGCGAGGGGCAUGAUGGGAUUGAAGGCGAGGGGCAUGAUGGGAUUGAAGGCGAGGGGCAUGAUGGGAUUGAAGGCGAGGGGCAUGAUGGGAUUGAAGGCGAGGGGCAUGAUGGGAUGGAAGGCGAGGGGCAUGAUGGGAUGGAAGGCGAGGGGCAUGAUGGGAUGGAAGGCGAGGGGCAUGAUGGGAUUGAAGGCGAGGGGCAUGAUGGGAUUGAAGGCGAGGGGCAUGAUGGGAUUGAAGGCGAGGGGCAUGAUGGGAUUGAAGGCGAGGGGCAUGAUGGGAUUGAAGGCGAGGGGCAUGAUGGGAUUGAAGGCGAGGGGCAUGAUGGGAUUGAAGGCGAGGGGCAUGAUGGGAUUGAAGGCGAGGGGCAUGAUGGGAUUGAAGGCGAGGGGCAUGAUGGGAUUGAAGGCGAGGGGCAUGAUGGGAUUGAAGGCGAGGGGCAUGAUGGGAUUGAAGGCGAGGGGCAUGAUGGGAUUGAAGGCGAGGGGCAUGAUGGGAUUGAAGGCGAGGGGCAUGAUGGGAUUGAAGGCGAGGGGCAUGAUGGGAUUGAAGGCGAGGGGCAUGAUGGGAUUGAAGGCGAGGGGCAUGACGGGAUGGAAGGCGAGGGGCAUGAUGGGAUGGAAGGCGAGGGGCAUGAUGGGAUGGAAGGCGAGGGGCAUGAUGGGAUUGAAGGCGAGGGGCAUGAUGGGAUUGAAGGCGAGGGGCAUGAUGGGAUUGAAGGCGAGGGGCAUGAUGGGAUUGAAGGCGAGGGGCAUGAUGGGAUUGAAGGCGAGGGGCAUGAUGGGAUUGAAGGCGAGGGGCAUGAUGGGAUUGAAGGCGAGGGGCAUGAUGGGAUUGAAGGCGAGGGGCAUGAUGGGAUUGAAGGCGAGGGGCAUGAUGGGAUUGAAGGCGAGGGGCAUGAUGGGAUUGAAGGCGAGGGGCAUGAUGGGAUUGAAGGCGAGGGGCAUGAUGGGAUUGAAGGCGAGGGGCAUGAUGGGAUUGAAGGCGAGGGGCAUGAUGGGAUUGAAGGCGAGGGGCAUGAUGGGAUUGAAGGCGAGGGGCAUGAUGGGAUUGAAGGCGAGGGGCAUGAUGGGAUUGAAGGCGAGGGGCAUGAUGGGAUUGAAGGCGAGGGGCAUGAUGGGAUUGAAGGCGAGGGGCAUGAUGGGAUUGAAGGCGAGGGGCAUGAUGGGAUGGAAGGCGAGGGGCAUGAUGGGAUGGAAGGCGAGGGGCAUGAUGGGAUGGAAGGCGAGGGGCAUGAUGGGAUUGAAGGCGAGGGGCAUGAUGGGAUUGAAGGCGAGGGGCAUGAUGGGAUUGAAGGCGAGGGGCAUGAUGGGAUUGAAGGCGAGGGGCAUGAUGGGAUUGAAGGCGAGGGGCAUGAUGGGAUUGAAGGCGAGGGGCAUGAUGGGAUUGAAGGCGAGGGGCAUGAUGGGAUUGAAGGCGAGGGGCAUGAUGGGAUUGAAGGCGAGGGGCAUGAUGGGAUUGAAGGCGAGGGACAUGAUGGGAUUGAAGGCGAGGGGCAUGAUGGGAUUGAAGGCGAGGGGCAUGAUGGGAUUGAAGGCGAGGGGCAUGAUGGGAUUGAAGGCGAGGGGCAUGAUGGGAUGGAAGGCGAGGGGCAUGAUGGGAUGGAAGGCGAGGGGCAUGAUGGGAUGGAAGGCGAGGGGCAUGAUGGGAUUGAAGGCGAGGGGCAUGAUGGGAUUGAAGGCGAGGGGCAUGAUGGGAUUGAAGGCGAGGGGCAUGAUGGGAUUGAAGGCGAGGGGCAUGAUGGGAUUGAAGGCGAGGGGCAUGAUGGGAUUGAAGGCGAGGGGCAUGAUGGGAUUGAAGGCGAGGGGCAUGAUGGGAUUGAAGGCGAGGGGCAUGAUGGGAUUGAAGGCGAGGGGCAUGAUGGGAUUGAAGGCGAGGGGCAUGAUGGGAUUGAAGGCGAGGGGCAUGAUGGGAUUGAAGGCGAGGGGCAUGAUGGGAUUGAAGGCGAGGGGCAUGAUGGGAUUGAAGGCGAGGGGCAUGAUGGGAUUGAAGGCGAGGGGCAUGAUGGGAUUGAAGGCGAGGGGCAUGAUGGGAUUGAAGGCGAGGGGCAUGAUGGGAUGGAAGGCGAGGGGCAUGAUGGGAUGGAAGGCGAGGGGCAUGAUGGGAUUGAAGGCGAGGGGCAUGAUGGGAUUGAAGGCGAGGGGCAUGAUGGGAUUGAAGGCGAGGGGCAUGAUGGGAUUGAAGGCGAGGGGCAUGAUGGGAUUGAAGGCGAGGGGCAUGAUGGGAUUGAAGGCGAGGGGCAUGAUGGGAUUGAAGGCGAGGGGCAUGAUGGGAUUGAAGGCGAGGGGCAUGAUGGGAUUGAAGGCGAGGGGCAUGAUGGGAUUGAAGGCGAGGGGCAUGAUGGGAUUGAAGGCGAGGGGCAUGAUGGGAUUGAAGGCGAGGGGCAUGAUGGGAUGGAAGGCGAGGGGCAUGAUGGGAUGGAAGGCGAGGGGCAUGAUGGGAUGGAAGGCGAGGGGCAUGAUGGGAUUGAAGGCGAGGGGCAUGAUGGGAUUGAAGGCGAGGGGCAUGAUGGGAUUGAAGGCGAGGGGCAUGAUGGGAUUGAAGGCGAGGGGCAUGAUGGGAUUGAAGGCGAGGGGCAUGAUGGGAUUGAAGGCGAGGGGCAUGAUGGGAUUGAAGGCGAGGGGCAUGAUGGGAUUGAAGGCGAGGGGCAUGAUGGGAUUGAAGGCGAGGGGCAUGAUGGGAUUGAAGGCGAGGGGCAUGAUGGGAUUGAAGGCGAGGGGCAUGAUGGGAUUGAAGGCGAGGGGCAUGAUGGGAUGGAAGGCGAGGGGCAUGAUGGGAUGGAAGGCGAGGGGCAUGAUGGGAUGGAAGGCGAGGGGCAUGAUGGGAUUGAAGGCGAGGGGCAUGAUGGGAUUGAAGGCGAGGGGCAUGAUGGGAUUGAAGGCGAGGGGCAUGAUGGGAUUGAAGGCGAGGGGCAUGAUGGGAUUGAAGGCGAGGGGCAUGAUGGGAUUGAAGGCGAGGGGCAUGAUGGGAUUGAAGGCGAGGGGCAUGAUGGGAUUGAAGGCGAGGGGCAUGAUGGGAUUGAAGGCGAGGGGCAUGAUGGGAUUGAAGGCGAGGGGCAUGAUGGGAUUGAAGGCGAGGGGCAUGAUGGGAUUGAAGGCGAGGGGCAUGAUGGGAUUGAAGGCGAGGGGCAUGAUGGGAUUGAAGGCGAGGGGCAUGAUGGGAUUGAAGGCGAGGGGCAUGAUGGGAUUGAAGGCGAGGGGCAUGAUGGGAUUGAAGGCGAGGGGCAUGAUGGGAUUGAAGGCGAGGGGCAUGAUGGGAUUGAAGGCGAGGGGCAUGAUGGGAUUGAAGGCGAGGGGCAUGAUGGGAUGGAAGGCGAGGGGCAUGAUGGGAUGGAAGGCGAGGGGCAUGAUGGGAUGGAAGGCGAGGGGCAUGAUGGGAUUGAAGGCGAGGGGCAUGAUGGGAUUGAAGGCGAGGGGCAUGAUGGGAUUGAAGGCGAGGGGCAUGAUGGGAUUGAAGGCGAGGGGCAUGAUGGGAUUGAAGGCGAGGGGCAUGAUGGGAUGGAAGGCGAGGGGCAUGAUGGGAUUGAAGGCGAGGGGCAUGAUGGGAUUGAAGGCGAGGGGCAUGAUGGGAUUGAAGGCGAGGGGCAUGAUGGGAUUGAAGGCGAGGGGCAUGAUGGGAUUGAAGGCGAGGGGCAUGAUGGGAUGAAGGCGAGGGGCAUGAUGGGAUGGAAGGCGAGGGGCAUGAUGGGAUUGAAGGCGAGGGGCAUGAUGGGAUUGAAGGCGAGGGGCAUGAUGGGAUUGAAGGCGAGGGGCAUGAUGGGAUUGAAGGCGAGGGGCAUGAUGGGAUUGAAGGCGAGGGGCAUGAUGGGAUUGAAGGCGAGGGGCAUGAUGGGAUUGAAGGCGAGGGGCAUGAUGGGAUUGAAGGCGAGGGGCAUGAUGGGAUUGAAGGCGAGGGGCAUGAUGGGAUUGAAGGCGAGGGGCAUGAUGGGAUUGAAGGCGAGGGGCAUGAUGGGAUUGAAGGCGAGGGGCAUGAUGGGAUUGAAGGCGAGGGGCAUGAUGGGAUUGAAGGCGAGGGGCAUGAUGGGAUUGAAGGCGAGGGGCAUGAUGGGAUUGAAGGCGAGGGGCAUGAUGGGAUUGAAGGCGAGGGGCAUGAUGGGAUUGAAGGCGAGGGGCAUGAUGGGAUUGAAGGCGAGGGGCAUGAUGGGAUUGAAGGCGAGGGGCAUGAUGGGAUUGAAGGCGAGGGGCAUGAUGGGAUUGAAGGCGAGGGGCAUGAUGGGAUUGAAGGCGAGGGGCAUGAUGGGAUUGAAGGCGAGGGGCAUGAUGGGAUUGAAGGCGAGGGGCAUGAUGGGAUUGAAGGCGAGGGGCAUGAUGGGAUUGAAGGCGAGGGGCAUGAUGGGAUGA